AUGUUCUUCGCCCGCGUCGUCAUCCUUGCUGCCGCUGCAGUCACUUCGGUCGUCGCAACUUCGGUCACGAUCGUUAACAACUGCGGAGAUCAGAUUGACCCUGCCAUCUUCCCCGCUGCUGACAAUGGACUCGGCGGCUUCGCUCUUUCCGCUGGCAGCCAGAAUACCGUCAGUCUUCCUGAUGGGUACAGUGGAAGGAUCUGGGGGAGGGAAGGGUGUGAUUCGGACGGCAACUGUUCCUCAGGCCAAUGUUCGGCAGGUGGCGUGAACUGCACCGGACCUUCUCUGACUGGCCCUACUAUCGCUCAGUUCACUAUUGAUGGGUUCUCAAGUUUGGACUUCUUCAAUCCCAGCGUGGCGGACGGUUUCAACUUGGUCACCACCAUCACCCCUGACAGUUCUUGCUCGACCGGUGCCGUUUCCUGCACGAACGCUGCUGGGGAUGGAACCGGAUGUGGCGACACCUCCACCUGUGCGACUGGCACCUCCUACACCGUCUCCUUCUGUUAA